AUGAAGAUUAAAUGUUUAAUGAUAGAUCAUGAUGAUACAGCUGUUAAUUCUACAGAACUUAUUAACUAUCCUUGUUAUGUUGAAUUUAUGAAAAAGUAUUAUUCAGAUAAACCAAUUCUUACAAUAGAAAUGUGGUAUGAAGUGUUAUGGAAUAUUGGGUUGGUAGAAUAUUAUAAAACUGAAGUUGGACUAACUGAUGAGAUGCUUCAAUUUGAACAUAGUUAUUGGAAAAAGUAUAUUUCUGAAAAACCUCGACCACCAUUUUUUGAUGGUUUUAUUGAUUUACUUAAACGUUUUAAAGAACAAGGAGGAAUUGUUGCUGUUGUUUCUUUUUCUUCUAAAGAAGUUAUUCUUAAACAUUAUAAUGAGGCUACUAAUGGAGAAUUUAUUCCUGACGAAAUUUUUGGUUAUCAACAUGGACAUCCUGAAUUUUCUAAACCUAAUACUUAUCCAAUUGAACAACUUAUUAAGAAGUAUGGUUUUAAACCAGAAGAAAUGGUAAUGGUUGAUGACAUGAAAGAAGGAUUAAUAAUGGCAAGUCGAGUCAAAGGUGUUAAAUCAAUUGGAGUUCAAUAUAGUGAAGGUCAUGGAAAAACAAUUGAUCAAAUGAAAGAGUAUUGUGAUUUUAUUGCAUACAAAGUAAGUGAUAUUGCUGAAUUUAUUGGACUUACAAGUGAAGAAUAA